AUGUGGAGAGUGCUGUGGAGCCUAAGAAUCAGUCACAAAGUUAAGAUCUUCAUAUGGAAAGGCCUGAAAGAAGCAAUUCCAGUCAAAGAAUUAAUCUGGAGAAGAAUGUCAAAAGAAGACCCUAUAUGCUCAGGGUGUGGGGAGGAGUUAGAAACCUUGGAAAAUCUACUGCUGAAAUGCAAGAAAGCAAAGGAAAUCUGGAAAGCUGCACCGGUACAAUGGGAUGGGAUCCAGAAGCUGACUGAGAAUUUCAACAGUUGGUGGGCUGCAUUUUUUGAAGCAAUUCAGAGAGAUCAGGGGCUGGACCAUAUAUCUCUUACAGCAUAUAUUCUUUGGCAAAUUUGGAAAAGCAGGAAUGAGAAAGAGUUCAACAACAAAACACAUGAUCCAACACAAGUGAUCAACAAAGCCUGGAAUGCAUGGAUGGAGUUCAAUGAUGGGAUAAAAAAGGCUAGGAGUUGUAGCAUUGAAAAACAACAGCACCACUUCAAAUGGAGGAACAAGAAGAUAGCCAAAUCCCAGACAAUAGAACAGUAG